AUGAAUCCUACACUUUACCAGAGGGAACCGCACUCCCAAUCUAUGCAAGGCGGUGAAACAGAACAAAGCAUCAGCCGGAAUCCAGAACUGAUAAUCAUGUCUUGUACUAAUGGAAGCGACGGCUUUCCGGCACAAAUUGAAUUUAAUCGCCGGAUGGAAAACUAUAUCAGUCGCAAGAAGCGCGCAGAGAGGACUGUGGUGAAUGACGAAGAACUCGCAUCAAUUCAUCGCCUGCUGUCUGAUCCAGCGGCCAUGCGAGCAGAAACUGAUGUCAGCCACCGCACUUGGGUCAAGAAGACAUUCUGUUUACGGCCAUCAUUGUCUGCCGGUUCCGUUGUUUGCCAUAGGGAUAAGGGUCAAACAAUACCUCAACCGAUUGCCUCUAAAGAACAAAUGUAUUUCAUCUUGAAGAAGGCUCACGCGUCGGAAGGUCAUGGAGGUCGAGAUAAGACGGCAAAGGCUGUGAAGAAAACUCAUUCCUUCAUUCGAAAAGGACUCAUCUGCUUGUUCCUUGAAGUCUGCCCAACUUGUCGCGUCAGGAACGAUGCCGUCAAGAAAGACAAACCCAACAACACUGGCACCUUUUCUGGUAUUUCGGACUCGCAUGGCGGGAUGUCACUAGGGCCUUGGGGUAUGGACACAUUGCAUCCGCCUCCUCCGCCUGACUUAGGCUCGCAAGGAUUUUUUCUCGGCAAGGAACUAGGUCCACCGGGGAUGAAUCCCACCCAUACCUCCGGAAGACGCCCACCCACGCUCACUGAGGCCACCGGCGCGGCCAUGCAUUCAAAUCUGAACCAUCUUCGCAAUAAUACCUAUCCGCAAGUGGAUAUGGCACACGGAUCGCAUAUGCCCACUUCUGAUUAUCCUUUGAAUUCUUUGGAGCUACCGUCACAGCACCUUUUCAACUCAUUUAGCGCGUCAGACUAUCGGAAUCCGCAAAUCUCCGUCCACCAACCCCAGAUACGGCCACCAUUCGUGACGAUGCAACCUGAUACCACACAGCUGAAUCAUUCUAACAUGUUGCAACACAACAAUCAACAAAUGCUAUUGCAACAACAAAUGCAGAUGCAGCUUCAGUUCCAGCAGUUCCAGCAGUUCCAGCAACAAGCCCAGCUUCAGGACCAGCGGCCGAUGUCCGCCUCCCCGCGUUUACCAGAUUCUGUUUUCCAGGCUCAACAACAAGAUGAAGCGCAGAAUAGACAGCAAUAUCUCAGUCCACGCCUCCAGCAGACCUUUGAUCUCCGUCCGCAAAAUUCUUCCAACAGUAGUUCCGAUGCGUUCCUCCAGCAGUCGCAAUACCAGGCUCAGCAGCCUCCGCCUCUUACGUUGCUCGCUUCGAAUAACAUCUAUGACCCUACGAACGCUUCUUUCUUGCUCAAUCAGACUGGAUCGGAAGAGCUUCCCCUGACGGACAAUGAAUUACUUCGGGCAUCUGCUGAUCUUAACCACGUCCGUAUACCUUCGAAUAUUUCGACCAACGAGAAGUUUGGAGCUCUCGCCCUUCGAGAUGCAUCGGUAGGCUCGAAUUCGAAUCCUCAUAGUCGCUAUGCAUCCUCACAAGGCUAUCAACCCGGUCCCCCAACUGCGAAUUCAGACUUGGUGAUGCCUUCAAGUGGACUUCGAUUUGAACACUCAGAAUUAUUCAAUCAGCCGCAGGAUGGGUUCGAUUACCAAUCUUCAUCUGGACCUUCAACUGGAGUCUCGUUCUGGACGAGGCCCGAUGAAAUGCCUAACUCGGGGCUAACUGCCGGAGUUUUUACUGCCGGGCUUGAAUCGUGUGUCGCCAAGCCAGCUGAUGAAGGGAACCAUCAACGCUCUUCUACAAUUCCGGAACCUAGCCCAGAGGGCAAACGCCGUGCAGCUUUCAAGCCCUUGAUUUCGUUCUCUCAACACCGUUGUGGUUCCGCACCGCCUCCAGCUUUACUGCAGACUUACAAAUCCAACGAUCCCAAUUCUUUAUCGGUUAACGUGGCUGCUCCCGAAGAUGAAGACGGUCUCAGCUCGGAUCUCCCUCGCUCAGCACCCGCCACCCUGUCAAGCUCUAUGGAGAAGUCAUUGAAUGACUUCUUUUCUCAAAUGCCUGAAGAUGGUGCCCUCAGUGAUGAAAUGCUACAUCAGCUCCUCGGGGCCGAUCUAGCCUCGAGUUCAGAGGAUGCCCCUCUCUUUCCAUCAGACAACUCUUUAUCAUUUCCAACUUUGCUCUGA